AUGCCCUCCAGCUGUAGGCGCAGUACUGCAAGAGCUCAAAGUUCUUACGGUAUGUCGAACUCUAUUCGAGAUUUUAAUAGCAGACCCAGUCUUUCAAAUCAUUCACAUAUACAAACACGACCUGCGGAGACCAUUCCAGAACAUCCAGAGCCAGACCAUGAAAGCGAAGCACCAGAUUUUAUCAUCAAAGAAUCAGCUCAAGAAGAAAUACGAGAUCAAUUGGAAUACGAAACAAGACUACAAUUACUUCGAAAAGAUUAUUCCACAAGCCCUACAUCAACAUCACCUACUCGUAAUCUUACAUUCGCAGAAGUAACAAUGGCGGCUCGAUCAUCACGCUCGCGACGUCGAAAUGAAGCAUUAUACGAAGGACCAGAUAUGAUAUUAGGAGGACCGAUGACUCUUGAAUCACUUGGUCCUUUCAGAUAUACCUUUAAAAAGAAGAAGAAUCUGAAAUCAAAAUAUUCAGCAUCAAUUAUGAAUGGAGAGACGAUUGGAUCUGAUGAUGGAGGUGUAAGUGUUAAUGAUACAAGUGUUGGUACAAGUACAAGUACAAGUACAAGUACAAAUACAAGGACAAGGACAAGGACAAGCAUGGAUAUGGGAUAUAGCGAAACUACUAGUGAAAUUGGGACAGAUCCAGAUUUGGUAGGAGGUAGAAGUGGAGGUGAAGGUUCAUCACGUCCUAUCUCACCUGCACCGACCCCACAAUUCAAAUCAUCUCAUGAUUUCCCCCACACAACUUCACAGAAACAACUAAAUCUCUCAGAAUUCACCUUUCCCACACAAACGUCAAAAAGGGUAACUCAGACUCUUCAAACCAACUCAGAAGACGUGAAGCAUUUUGUUGGUAUACGAGAGAUUGAUUGCGAGAACGACUUCAAGAACGAGAACGAUAACGAUAAAGAGAAUAUCAACAACAUCAUCGCACAAUCAAUUGGUACUUCUGUUAUACCCGUUACUUCUGGCACUUCCACUUCCACUACCACUGCCACUACCACUGCCACUGUUACUACUACUGUUACUGAAACUGCCGAUACAUCUUGUGGAUUAUUUCCACCAUUAGUCAUACUCUCUCCUCCAGGCCUUUCCAAAGUUUCAUCUUUUUCAAAUUCUUCGAAUGAUCUUAGCAGAGCGCAAACUCUCAAUACGGUUCAUAGUGGCAUCGAUCUUAAUCAUUCAUCCCUCGACUUUUUGAAGUGUGACGAUUCAGAUACACAAUCGGUUAAGGAAAAGAGCGAAGCAGUCAUGGCUCGCAUCGCUGGAUCAACAGCCGCGAUGAUGAGAAGCGUGAGUGAUCUUACUGCUAUUAACGAUGGAUUUGAUUCUGUAGAAUGGGAUCCAGAUCUUCCUGUUCGCUCAAUUAAUGAUUCCCCCGAGCCAUUGUUAGUCGAAGCCCAACCUGUGGCCUACACUACCGUGGGUUCCCGUGUAAACCCUAAUGUACAACCCCAAAUCUCAGCUCCUAAUCGAAUUCAGCGUGAAGGUUCUAUGCGCAGACCUCAAUUGGAUCUAACGCAUAACCGACAAGCUAACUAUUAUCCGCACACCCGAGGUCCGCCGCCACCUUUAAAUAUGCAAAAUUCUAUGCACUACGCGCAGCAGCUCGGUCAACAUUCAAAUUCUUUCAACACCCCUCCCGCAACAUCUGCGAGGUCUGUUCGCCCUAUUAGGCCUUCACAGAGACUGUCACAAUCAGAUCAAGAGACUCAUACGCUUCUAAGACUUCAAGGGAUGGUCAACGCGAGAGCACCGGGUGGCCACCAUCCAGCUUCACCCAACACGCCAACUCCUGUAUCUCAUAACGAUCAUGUCUCGUCAAUCUCCAAUGAGGAGCAGGAUAUGGGAAGAGGAAACGAUUUGCAAGGUCCUAUAUCAGGUCUAGAAAAGAUGCAGACCUUACAAAGACUCGCAAGAUUCCCAAAUCCAAUGCAGACCUCGGCCUUACGUCGGUUGUCCGAAUUGCAGGCACCCAAAAACGAUAACACUGCAAGUUUAAAUGCGAGCGUCGAGGGCGCUGGUCAAUGUUUGGAAAAUCUCCCGCGAAACUUGAAAGAUAGAGCCAUGCUGGACGAGGCACAAGCCGCCAAGAAUGGAGAGCUCGAUCGUGGUUAUACAUUUCCUCCACCGGGUAUAUCUAACAAGGCAUACAAUCCACUUUUUGGUAUCUAUGGAGGAUCUAGCGGUCAUGCCAGAGAUUCUGCCCAUCAUCGAGGGGUACCUGGGUAUCCACAACCACUAACUGCUGGUCCGCCGGGACAGCGCUCUUACGCGAAUAACAGACAGAGUAGCUCUUAUAGCGAGGAUGCAUGGACGCAAGAUCAAGCUAGUGCGAAACAAAACUCACUUACGAACCCCGGACCCGUCUCGCCAUGGCAAGAGCCGAAAAUUGAUAACGAACAACACGGUGCUCAGGCCUCGUCUCUACCUCCUUCUGCACGAGCAACAGACACGAUCUCUUUGCAGCAAGCCCUUCAGUAUUAUCCCCGUGGAUUCGCCAGUGAUAUGACUGGGCGAUUCACUCGUUUGUCAUCUGAAGUACAAAGAGAGAUGGGUCAUCUCGACGAUGAAGAAACUCCAGAGCAAGCUCGAGCAAGGAAGCAAAAGGAGAAGGAUGAGUGGUUCUACAAUGGUCAGAAACGCUGGAAUAUGACAACUGAGGAUCACAUCACGGAAAUUGAAACCCAUGCCAACCCUUUUGGCCCCAUCGCUCCCCCUUUGAAGAAGACUGUACCUUCUGACAAUAGACCUCUUCCCGGCAUCACUAUUUCUGAGAUGCAGAAGAAGACAAUUCCCGAAGUCAUCGCUCCAAUGCUAGAUGGAACUUUCGGUAACAUGUUCGCCAUUGCAGCACAGCAGAAAGAGGGCAACUCUACUUUACCCUUCAAUAGAUAUACCAAGAGUCCAGCAUGGCACAUUGAUUCAAGCGAAAAGGGCAAUGAUUCUUUCUUUGGUGAAGACUUGGGAGCAUAUCAAUUUUUCGCAACCGACGAGGGUCAGAGAGGUCUCCCAGUGCCAAUAAACGUGGAUAUUGGUAUCAGGACCUCAACGAAACGAUCUCGCCAUCGAACUUCAAGGCUUAAACGUUCCGCAAAACGAUGCUUUCAAUGGCAGCGAGCUGACAUUCUUUUUUUACCUGUUGUUUUGCCGGGUGCGAAUGAUGCUUGCCAUGAUGUUAUGUUAUAUGAUAUCGAUGUUUGCCUACCCGAGAAUCUAAUGACUUCAGAUGAGAUACCGACUCUACUAUACGUAAGCGAUAAUGCUGGCCAAAAUGGGGAUCUCACUGUAGAGUGUACUCAAGUAGAGGCUGAGUUGCAUGGACUGAGGUGA